GGCUUUGGGGAGGCCCCGGCUCGGCCUCCCGCGGCUCCCGUUAUCAUGUCCCUGACGCAGCGGCUGGUCCAGCUGGCCGUCCGUCUGCAGGAGCCGCAGAGAGUGGCCGGUUUCCAGCGUCUGUGCGGCGUGGAGGCGCCGUUCAGCCGGCCCGCCGAGCCCGGGCAGCAGCAGCAGCAGCAGGAGGAGGAAGAGGAGGAAGAUGAGAAGCAGCUCGAAGCGCCUGCAGACCUUCGGCGACGGGGACGGCCGCCGGGGACGAGCGGAGAUCGCCGGUGCCCCGGGGACGAGCGCAAUCAGUGCGCGGCUAAGCGGGACGGCGGCGCCCCCAAUGGUGUACGGAACGGGCUGGCGGCCGAGCUGGGCCCGGCCCGGGGCAAGCCUGGCCGCGUGAGCAACUGGCCGCUCUACUACCUGUUCCGCUUGGGCACCGAGCUGGGCAACGAAACCUUCUACAUCACCUUCUUCCCUUUCUGGAUCUGGAACCUGGACCCCCUGGUGGGCCGGAGGCUCGUGAUCCUCUGGGUGCUCGUCAUGUACCUGGGCCAGUGCACCAAGGACAUCAUCCGGCGGCCCCGGCCCGCCUCGCCGCCCGUGGUCAAGCUGGAGGUCUUCUACAACUCCGAGUACAGCAUGCCCUCCACGCACGCCAUGUCCGGCACGGCCAUCCCCAUCUCCAUGGUCCUGCUCACCUACGGCCGCUGGCAGUACCCUGUCAUAUACGGGCUCAUUCUCAUUCCCUGCUGGAGCUCACUGGUCUGCCUAAGUAGAGUCUACAUGGGGAUGCACUCCAUUCUGGACAUCAUUGCUGGAUUCCUUUAUGCCAUUUUCAUCUUAGCUGUCUUCUAUCCAUGUGUGGACCUGAUUGAUAACUUCAACCAAACUCACAGAUACGCCCCCCUGCUCAUCAUCGGGCUUCACUUGGCACUGGGGAUCUUUUCUUUUACUCUUGACACCUGGAGCACAUCGCGAGGAGACACCGCUCAGAUCCUGGGAAGUGGUGCUGGCAUUGCUUGUGGCUCUCACGUUACCUAUCGCAUGGGCCUGCUCUUGGAUCCUUCUCUAGACAUGCUCCCUUUAGCUAGGCCCCCCGUUACUGUCAUACUGCUUGGAAAAGCCAUAUUACGGAUCCUCAUAGGAAUGGGAUUUGUAGCGAUAGUAAGAUGCAUAAUGAAAAAGGUCACCAUUUCUUUAGCCUGUAAAAUCUUUGGUAUAUCAUGUGAUGAUAUUCGCAAAGCAAGGCAGCACAUGGAGGUAGAACUCCCAUAUCAGUAUAUUACCUAUGGAAUAGUUGGUUUCUCCAUCACAUUUUUGGUCCCCUACAUAUUUUCUUUUAUUGGUAUCUCUUGAUGGGAAAAUGCCACUUAUGAUUUGGGAAAAAAAAAAAAAAAGGAGGCUGUCAGUUACUGAUCUCUCAAAAUAUUUUCUAUGUAAAAGAUCAGAGGUGUUGGCAAGAAUUUCACUUAAAUAUCUAUUUAAGUAAGUUCUUAAGAGUCAGUGUAUUUUAUCACUGCAUAUCCAGAUACUGUUUUAAGAGAGUCCUCUUUCUAGGACUGAGAAAAUGAUAAUUACCACUUAGAAUGCUCACAUAAUGUGUGGUGAGUUUUGUGCUGUUGUGAACUCAAGUUAUAUAUAAUAUAUAUUAAGGUACAUAAUAUGAAAUUACAUAUCUAAUAUAUGUUAUAUAUAAAAUAAUAUACCUACAUUUUUAAGAACUGGAGUGAGCUGGGCGUGGUGGCGCACGCCUUUAAUCCCAGCACUCGGGAGGCAGAGGUAGGAGGAUUGCCAUGAGUUCAAGGCCACCCUGAGAUGACAGAGUUAAUUCCAGGUCAGCUUGGACCAGAGUGAGACCCUACCUCGAGAAAAAAAAAAAAAAGAACUGGGGUGAACUACAAAACGAAUAACAUGUAGUUGUGCCUGUGUAUUGGAGAUUAAUGCAGGUAUGUUGUUAACAAAUAGGCUUCACAUUUACUUACGAUGGGAGCCAUUUCCUAACCGAAUUAAUACUUUCUAGAGGAGAAUUCACAUGCUACCACAUACUGACUCAAUGCCUCUUUUUACACUGCCAUCACCUUUCAUGUUAUCCAUGAUGUUGAACAUGGGAGGCAUUUUUAAUGGACCAAAUUUUCAGGAAAAUUGGGGUUUUGAUUCCUUUUUGGUUUUUUAAGUUCUAUACACUGUGUUGAAUGUACUUUUUUUUGCAACAAUUUUGGACAUUGGGUUAAUGAUGCAGGUACUGAACUUGAUUGCUGGCUAAUUGUGCCUUUCUGUUGCUGAAUUAAGCGAUGCCAUGUAUACUGUGAGGUAAAACAUAUGUCAAGCUAACAGAGAUAGGAGUGGACCACCCUAAAAUCUUUAGUCUUUAUUUAGAAGGAAAUGUGGAAUGGGCUAAAAUUUCUCGCUAAUUUAUUGGAAAGCUAAAUGGAUAAAUAUUUCCAUUUUUGUAGGUAUUUUUCUGUGUAUUGUAAGUUAUAGGAGCAAUAUAUAUUUUUUGUACAUUGUCUUGAUUGUUUAUAUGUCAGGUAGGUAUUUCCAGUGAGUGGAAAUGGUAGUUGAAACUUAUAGAUGGGACAAUGCACUUGUAUCCUAUGUAAAAGAACGAUUUUUCUAAAUUAUUUGGAAAGGAUUGUAUCUCCUACUGUUACCUUUUAAUCCCCACUCUUUAGUAACCCUAAGAUUAAAUUAUAAAAAGCAGUUUAGAUUCUAUUUUUUUCCACCUUAUUUUCACAGUGGAAACAUUGAGUGUAGUAUUAAACUAUUUUUUCUGUCUGUGCCUUUAUAUUUUGAAGUGUGAUUAUAAUUAGGUUAAUAUUACAUUUAUUUCACAAAGAAAAUUAACUUUCCAUAUAAAUGGAAAUCAGGUAAGGGGUUACUGAUUUUAGUGCAAUAUCCAUGAUCAUUUAGAAGUAUCAGUUAAGAUAUUUCUAUUUUGGACAGCAUACCUAUUUGAGCUCAUAUUUUUAUAAUUCUGAUAGUAAGCUUAAGGGCAUGGUAGUUUUAUCAAAAAUGAAUCUGAUCACUUUAAGCAACUAGAUUUGAGUUCUUUACCUAUUAAAACAAACCAGGACCCUUUAGAAACCUGUUGGUACGCUGGAAAAUGUGAGAAGAAUUUCUCUUUCAAAAUAUGUAGGUUAGUAAAUUGAAUUUUAUGGACUAUUUCCCGCACUUUGGGUCUAUGCUAGCCUUUUAAUUUUUGUGUGUAGCUUAAAAUGUGUUUGAAAAUUCCUUUGUGUUUUAUUAUUUUCUGUUCUGUGACAGUUCUAUGCUUAAUAUAUUUAAAAAUAAAAGCCAAAUUCAAGAUCAAA